AUGAGGCGCCGCCGGGCCUCGAGCGCCAGCGGUGGCGAGGCCGAUCCCUUCUUCCGGCUGCCGUGCGCGCUGCUCGUGGAGUUCCUGGACCUGCGCGAGGCCAUCAACCUGCUGAACAUGAGCCGCUGGCUGCGCUUCGACCGCGUGCUGAGCGCCACGGCGCUCGAGAAGACCCGCUACGCGCAGCACUUCCACCAGAAGUGCGCGGCCGACUGGUGGCACCUGACGCCGGCGUGGAAGGCGGGCGAGCCUCUCGCGGAGAGCGACUGGGACGAGGAUGAGGACGCCGCAGGCGAUGAGGAGCGUGCGCCCGACAUCUGGGAAGACUGCCACGUGCGCACGGCCGCGGGCAAGGAGCUCACGUACUGGCGGGACACGGUGCGCGACACACCGCAGUGGCAGCAUGUGCCACUGCUCUCCAUCAUCGACUUCAUGGUCACCAAACUGCUGCCGCAGAGCUACAUCUCCUUCAAGUACGCGGCCACAGUGUACACGGCCAGACCCGUGAUCAUCCGGCUGCACCCGCCCGAGAGCAGAGGCGGCAGGAGGCAGAACAACGACGGGCAGGACGCCGCUGAACAGGACGUCGCUCGCCGGAUCAGCGAAGCACUGGGUGCGCAGAACGGCAACUUGACGUCGCUCUUCGGCCUCCACUGGGAAAACAUGCACGUGGACCCGGACACGGGCAAAGUCUCCUGCGCGGUGUGCCAGCUGUACGCCGACGAGGUGGGCAAGUACCAGACCAAAGUGGCCGGGAUGGUGAGCGAGUGGAGAGAAGCGGUGAAGCGCGAGCUGCCCACCUGGAAGGAGCAGGACAUGCAUCAGAUGGAGAUCGACCGACGCACGUACGAGAUGCGCGAGGAGAUGAUCCCGUACAGCGGCUUCUUCACGUCCAACAUCGCGCGGCGCCACGGCGACAUCAUCAUCCGCCACAUUUGCUCCUACUGGACGACGUUGGACCAUCUCAAGAUCAACACGCUCGGGUACCGCGACGCCUCGCAGCUCGUGGCUGCGCUGACGUCGGACAUCCGCAAGCAGUGCCAGCACUUCUCCAAGAUCAAGCAGGCCAUGACGAAUGCGUUUCCUCGGGUGGCCAGGAUCCGCUACAAAGUGGACGAACCGGAGCCCUCACCUUCGACGAAUCUGUGGCAGGACGAAGCCGUCACUGAGCUGGUUGCCGGGGUGUCGCCGUCCGGGUUCCUCUGCGGCAUGCUGUUCAUCGAAAAGAGCAUCUGA